GGCCCUCGCGUAAGCGCUGUCGGUCGCGCAUUGCCGUUGCUUGCUGAAAUUGUGCUUUUGAUGACACUACAGGGUGUGCUGUCCGCGAUCACCUGACUCAUCCGGUAUGAAGCCGCCAAAGUACCACGGAGGACCUUGUGUGUGGAGACGAGCGUGGCCAAAGUCACCCUCAUGAGGAGCUCCGAGUAACGCGAUGCGAUGCAGUUUCUUGGUCCGGCGCCGAAGGGCUAGCGACUCUCAGUGUGAAUCGCACAGACGCCAUCUCUCCGGGCCUUUCCUGCUGACGCUGGCGAGUGCCUGGUCCGGUUCACUGUCCAUGGGAAUGACGCUGGGCUACACUUCGCCGGCAGCGAACAGCGACUGGGCCGCGCUUGAGAAAGACGGCACCACCGCGCAGUCCGCCACUAGCUCCGACUGGUUCAUCUUCCUGCUGCCGAUCGGCGCUGUUCUCGGCACUCUACUGGCCGCACUCGUCAGCCAAGCAAUGGGACGCCGGUUCACCCUGUCUCUCAGCGCCGCGGUUUACGUGGCGGGAUACGCCGUAAUCUUCGCCAACACCUCCUUCGUCACCGUCUUGUUUGGCCGCUUCGUGACGGGCAUCGCCACGGGAAUGGUGUCCCUUUGCGUACCCGCCUACAUCGCCGAGGUUUCCUUGCCUGCGCAGCGAGGAUCUAUGGGUGGCCUGCUCCAGCUUGCCAUCACCGUCGGUAUUCUGUACUCUUACACGCUGGGACGCUUCAUGGAGUGGCAGCUGCUCGCUGUAGCCUGUUUGGCAGGCGCCGUCUUGCUGGCUGCUCUAAACCAGUACUCCGUCGAGUCUCCGCGCUGGCUGAUGAUCAGCGGUCGCAGGCUGGACGUCCUAGAGGUGCUGUGGAAGUUACGUGGAACCAGCGGGAAGGUGGACGAAGAGUUCUAUGCAAUCGAGCAGGUGUUCGCCCAUGCCCCCACGCGCUUUUCCCACGUCCUGCUGGCCACGCAUGCUCACUUUAUCCAGCAGUUCUCGGGCAUCAACGUGAUCAUCUUCUACGCUCAUUCUCUGUUCGCCCAAAGCGGCAUCUCAAUCAGUGUUGCGGACUGCUCCAUCAUCGUCGCCAGCCUGCAGGUGGCUGUCACCAUGGUGGUUGUGUCUCUCAUGGACGUGGUUGGCAGGCGACGGCUCCUGCUCUUCUCCUGCAUGACGUGCGUGUGCGCCAUGGUCGCCAUCGCAGCCCUCAAUCCAAUGUCGAGCAACGAAGCGCAGCCAUCUGGAAGCUCGCUCAUCCAGCGCUUGCCCCUUCUUUUAUUCGGACUCUACAUUAUCGGCUACUCGCUCGGCCUGGGUCCCGUGGUCUGGAUACUCGGGGCCGAGCUGGUGUGUUGCCGAGACCGCGGCAUGCAUCUUGCCGGCGUUUGCGCGUUCAACUGGACCUGCGUACUCCUGGUCACGUGGUUCUCUACGAGCGUGCGGGACACCAUCCACCUGUCUGGACUGGCCUGGUUUUUCUCUCUGGUGACCGCAGUUGGCGCCGUUCUCUUGAUGCUUUUUAUGCCCGAACCGCAGGGACAGAGUCUUGAGCAGAUCCUCUUGGGAAAUUUUCGACAGCCCGAGGGCUCGUCUGGCCACUCUCCGAAGGCAUGGCUGUUCAAGAGGAUACUACCGCUGAAUCUUAAUGCUGAUCCGUCUGACAGCGUCCACAUUUAUGCCUACAUCAAGUGUGGGUCAACUGAAGCGGUGAGGCUGAUGUCAUCAAGCUCUGAAAAUGCACUGCUUGUGCUGUCGCUCGAGGUGUAUAUGGUUCCCUACUCUGAGGGCUUCAGGCUACUCCAGAAGAAGACAAAGAAGCAGGACGUCUCUUUGGCCUCCGCGAGCGCGCACGGUGAACCCAGUAACAAGGCUCUACAGCUGAGAUUUCAACGACGACAUAGCACCGCCCACGUUGCGAAGAUGCCCUGGAACUUCGCCGACGAUGCGGCAGAGAACAAGGUCGAGCUCACGGGGCCCAUGCUGAUGACGCUCAGCAGCACCUGGGCCGGGUCGUUGUGCGUGGGCACCACCAUUGGCUACACGACGGCAGCGCUGACCAGCCUGACGAGCGGCACCACCGAUCACAAAUUCGACACAGAGGAACAUGGCGUCUGGUUCGUGUCGCUUCUGCACGUCGGUGCCACCACGGGCUGCGUCAUCGCCGCCCUGGUGGGCCAGUCCAUGGGGCGCCGCUUCGCUCUCCUCGCCAGCGCGCUGGGCUACUUCUCGGGCUACGGCAUCAUCUCGCUGGCGCGCAACGACUACCUGGUGCUCUUCGGCCGGUUCCUGACAGGCGUCGCCACUGGCAUGGUGUCGCUCUGCUCGCCGUGCUUUUUGGCCGAGAUCACGGUGCCCGAACAGCGCGGAACCGCGGGCGGUAUCCUGCAGGUGUGCCUCACUCUCGGCAUCCUGUACGCGAACGUGAUGAGCCGCUUCCUCAACUGGGACAGUCUCGCGUUCCUGAGCAUGGCCGCGAGCAUCCCUCUGGUGGCCACCUGCCAGUUUGCGGUGGAGUCUCCCCGCUGGCUCCUGCUGCAGGGCCGCAAGACCGAAGCCAUCGAAGUGCUCGGCAAGCUGCGAGGACCAGCGGCCAAGCUCGACCGCGAGUGGACCGACAUGGAGACCGUGUACGCGAAGGUGCCCACGCCUACAGCGCACAUCCUAGGGGCCAUGCAGCUUCACUUCGUCCAACAGUUCUCGGGCAUCAACCCCGUGCUCUUCCUUUCCCAUUCCGUCUUCGACCAUGCAGGCCUCGCCGUACGCGUCCAGGACACGAGCGUGAUCCUCUCUGGAUUUCUGGUCGCUUCCACCGCCACCGCCGUGAAGCUGAUGAGCGUGUUCAGCCGGAAGCGGCUGCUCACCGUGUCCGCCUACACGUGCGCUUUUUCCUUGAUGAUCCUGGCCACGCUGUACCAGGUGGGCGUCGAGGUGGACGAGGCCGACCCGAACGCGCCCAUCGGCAUCGCGCGGCGGCUUCCCAUCGUGUUCAUCGCGCUCUACAUAAUCGGCUUCUCCGUCGGCCUGGGCCCGAUCACGUGGCUCAUGUCCGCCGAACUGGUGCCCAUGCGAGACAACGGCGUCUUCUCGGCGCUGGCGGCCGCCUUCAACUGGAUCUGCUCCUUCCUCGUCACCUGGUUCUUCGAGAAGCUCAACGAGACGCUGGAGCUGUCCGGCGUCGGCCUCCUCUUCAGCGCGCUCACGUUCACGGGCGGCCUCAUGGUGUCGUUCUUCAUGCCCGAGACGCAGGACAAGACCCUCGAGGAACUCCUCCUCGAACCGCAGAGGAAGGGGCGCGACGACGCGGCCUCGACAUCGUCCAAGGGCUCGGGGGCAUCGCGAAGGCCGAAGCGCUGAUGCCGUUUCUUCUUGAAAAUUGUGUCUGCGCCGCUCUGUCUACCUUAUUGUUGGACGCUGUUUUAUUUCGUCAGGUUUUCUGUAGUGCAUUUCCGAAUCUUUGGUUGUUUAUAAUUUACCUCCGUGAAAAGCUCUAACGCUCAGCUUUCGUUCUUUCGUUUUCACCUCGAAGCUCCAGCCCUACUGUAAGCUGUUUAUCUCAGUCGACCUGUCACUGACAGGUCGAGUGAGAUCGGUCGACAGGUCGCACAAUUCAUUGCUUUCAGGCAAUGAAUUGUGCAAUUUCCUUUAAUGCGUUUGCAUCAGGAGCGUGAAAGUGUAACAAAAGUGUAUACGUGUCAAUUGUGGGAAGAUGGUCGCGUGCUAUACGUGGAGAGGGAAUGGGAGAGCUUACAAGAGUAUAGAUAUGUGGUUUGUUUCAGCGAACAGUUUUAAAUAUUCUUGAGGCUGGCCUGUGGCAGAUAGCACAAUAGUAGUUCAUGGGGUGGACACUACUUGCACAAAAAAUUGAAAUCCAUCACCGAAUAAUUGCGAAAAAUUCACUAAUUACCUUUUUAACUAAUUACUUUACGACCCGUUUUGCAAUUAACAAAUUCUAGUCGCGGAGUUUGCAAUUUCGAUCCACGUGGAACGAAAUCGCAGGGUGGCACCACUUUAGACAUAUUAAUUGAAAUAUAUUAGAAAUGCAUUGGCGGGCCAGAUUACUUUUGUGCCUGAAUGCACAAAACGACGUUUUGUUAAGAAAGUAACCGGAACGUUAAAGUCCGAGGGCGAUGACACCGUCGCCGCGCCUCGUAUUUUGUAUGUGCGGGUGAAAGCAGGCGAGGGUAGCCCACGAUCGCACCUGAAUCUGGCACGCGCGAAGGAAGGAAGCGGAGAGCAAGCGCGCCGUCUUCCGUCGCACGAAAGGCCUGAUGGGAGGGAGGGAGGCGUUCGGCUCCGGCAGCAACUGCGCACAUCGCGACCGGGCGCAAGUGGAACCGACGGCCGCAGCUCAAUUUCGAACUCCAUGUGUGGAGGAAAGCGGCGAGACAAGGCGGGAGAGGUGAGGACGGCUUCGACUAGGCCAGCAAGUGCGUAUUUCGCACGGCCGCACGCGGUCGCGCGGGCUCUAUCUUGAAAGGGAUCUGCAGGCGGCUGAUACAUUUGAGCGCGCACUUUUCACGCCGCUCUUGCGUAGAAGCUAUUGCCAGCUCUCAGAACUCGGGAAGAGCUAACGGCGGGGAUUACUAUUAGCUGUACCUUUGGGGCGAAUACGCUGUUCUAUGUUGUAGCCUUAGUUCGAGUAAUGUGUCACACGGUCUUUGACGUCAUUACGCCCAGAAUAUGCUAAAUUUCAGCACGUAUGUUAAUUUCAAGUGAGCAAAUGCUUAUAUUGCGACUCGUCAAUACAAAGGGUGUACUUCGAGACCCUUCAAAUUACUAGUCAAAGAAGACUUGUAGUCUUGUAGCCAGAACUUUUUGCCUGAAUAAGAGUAUUCGAAUCGUAGUUUGAAAUACUCGUUUGUGAUCUAAGGCUUUCCAGACUUGCUCUUGCAGCGCUUGUUAGGCCAGGUGAAAUCUUUAGAACGAAACGGGGCAUCUCGCAUAAGCAAUGCCUUUAUAUUAGCAUGCGUUUUUCAACGCGCAAUCUUCCUUCACCUGGCGUAUUUUAGCAGCAGAACCAUCUCGCUUUUCUUUUUGCAAGCUGAAAAGCAGUUGCUGUUGUAGAGAUGGCGAUUGCCUUUUAUGCCCGUGAAUAAAUGCAGCCGCACGAGCAUCACACAAUGUUGGCCCUCAUUGAAAUCACUAUGCAGGAUGCUUUCUUUCCUAGUCGCAGACAGUAAUGCUAUGUUCAGACUACGUUCGUAAGGCGCCGAUUUUUCGUAACAUACGUAAGCGGAAGCGCAAGAAGCGUAUGCGUCUAGUUCAGACUGCGAACGUAAAGGUACCAACGUGCGCAAUUAUCGCAAAAAUCGUGGGUGAGAGUGUUAAAGGGUCGGCAACAUUUGCGACUGUUAUGUUACGACCGUUGCGACACAGCCAAUGACCGAUAAGCUUUCGGCUUUCAACAACCGGUGACGACACUUCCGUCCUCCCGUCUGCAGACAGCUCCGGGCGCGGGAAGUGCCAUUCCGCCAUUCCGUGCGCACGAUUGGCUGUGUUCGAGAAAAUUUUUGCAGUGCGCCUUGCGAGACUGUUUUCAGUUCAUCUGGUUUAUCCGCCGAGGAAAUCAAUGGCCGCAGAUGCGUGCUCCGAACUUCGAUGAGUGGUCUCAUUAGGUUUUCAAGGAAGCGGAACUGCUGGGGUGACAUGCGCAUGAUGUUAUGAAACAUCGCAGCGUCACCAACUCGGAGCUUGGCGAAAAGGUUGUGAAAAUCGCCGUCCACGGCCCUGUCGAGAAAUACUUGUCGCACCCAAACCCAUUUGCGUCGCCUUCGUCGUCUUUGGGCGAUUGAAUACAUAACUAUAAGUUUGUUUUGAGCGUGAAUUUCUUCGAUCUCGGCCAGCGCUCGCAUGUUGGCAGGAGCCAUAUUGGACCGCUGGUGACGUCAAUUCUGCAGCUCCAAAUUUGAUUGGCCUGUUGUAAAAGUCGUAAUUUAAGCAGCAGUAAAUGUGAACAAAGGUGCCAGCUUAACUGCCGUAACGUUUUUUACAGCCGUUACGUUCGAUACGCCAAAAGAGCUGUUACGCGCGUUACGACCGUAGUGUGAACAUAGCAUUACACGCAAACGCGUUUUUGCUGGUUGGCCGCAUGUGACGUCAGAAUCAGGAUUGCUCUCGCUUCAGCUUCUCGAUU